AUGACAAAAAUAACAGAAUAUACCACCAAUUGUGUCUGAAGUCUCAACUCUGUCUGAAUUUGUUGGUCACCAUUUCACAACAGCAACAGUCUCCUUAACUUGAACAAACAACUAUGGCUAUGUCUGCAUCAUCUUCUCUAACAGCAUCUUCCUAUUCCUUCCCAUUCACCAAAUCUUCUUCUAACCCAAUUCCCAUAUUUUCUUGUUCUUUUCCUCUCAAACACCAUACCCUCCUUCCCAAUCUCAAAUCAUCACCACCACGAUUUGUCCCAGCCUCAGGAGCUGCUGCUACACCCACAACCUCAAUUGAAAUAGAAAAAUCCCCAAUCUCUGCAACUCCUUCAAAAGUUCUUCCUUUUCGUGUUGGGCAUGGUUUUGACCUUCAUCGAUUGGAACCUGGUUAUCCAUUAAUUAUUGGUGGAAUUAAUAUACCCCAUGAUAGAGGUUGUGAGGCUCAUUCUGAUGGGGAUGUUCUGCUUCACUGCGUGGUUGAUGCAAUUUUAGGGGCUUUAGGUCUUCCUGAUAUAGGCCAGAUUUUUCCUGAUUCUGAUCCUAAGUGGAAGGGUUGCGACUCUUCGGUGUUCGUCCAUGAAUCUGUCAGGCUUAUGCAUGAGGCAGGUUAUGAUAUUGGAAAUUUAGAUGCAACAUUGAUACUUCAGAGGCCAAAAUUAAGCCCGCACAAGGAUGCUAUCAAGGCCAACUUAUCUGCAUUGCUUGGAGUUGACGCUUCUGUGGUAAAUAUAAAGGCAAAAACUCAUGAAAAGGUUGACAGCCUUGGAGAAAAUAGAAGUAUAGCGGCUCACACAGUUGUUCUUCUAAUGAAGAAAUGACGGUGGAAUCUGGAAAUAUUAUGAGGUACAUGAAGGAAUAAUAAUUCAUGAAAUUACUGUAAAUUUUAUAAAUUAUGCUUUAUUGGCUACUAGUAUACUGUUUUAUGUUUAUACAAAAUCUUAUAGAUCGCGCUGUGGCUGUUAAUCAUUGGUUUAACACUUACAUUAGAAUUUGUAACCAAUUAUUUGGUUGUUGUGUAUCAUUGUUUUAAUGCUUAUGUUAGAAUUUGCAACCAUUUUGGUUGCAGUAUUUUUUGGAUCAA